AUGGCCAGCACCAGUGGCACAAAGGGUCCUUUUGAGAUUGGUAGGCAGCCAUCCAAGAGGAUGGUGAGGGCUCCUACCAGGAAUGUUGACUUGGGAAAUGAGGAGGGCGUGGUAGACAGUGAGAUUGUGCCUUCUUCACUUGCUAUGCUUGUGCCUAUUCUCAGAGCAGCCCUUGAGAUUGAGGAGGACAAUCCCAGAGUUGCCUAUCUUUAUAUUGAGGUGGUGUGUUGUCGCUUCCAUGCAUUUGAGAAGGCCCAUAAAAUGGAUCCAACAUCAAGUGGGCGUGGUGUUCGUCAAUUCAAGACUUAUCUAUUGCACAAACUCGAAAAGGAAGGGGAGCUUACAGAAAAUGCUAGUCGCAGAAGUGAUGCUAGGGAGCUGCAGACCUACUACCAAAAUUUCUACGAGAAGAAAAUCAGGGAGGGGGAAUUUAGCCAAAGACCGGAGGAGAUGGCCAAGAAUGUUCAGAUUGCCACUGUGUUGUAUGAUGUGCUGAAGAAUAUGGUAGCUCCACAAAGUAUUGAUGAGAAGACAAGAAGGUAUGCUCUGGAGGUUGAGCAUAAGAGGGGACAAUAUGAGCACUAUAACAUCCUUCCAUUAUAUGCUGUUGGUGUUAAGCCAGCAAUCAUGGAACUUCCUGAGAUCAAAGCAGCAAUUUCUGCUUUAUGUAAAGUGGAUAAUCUUCCAAAGCCCAAAAUUCGUGCAAGGCCUGAUGCUUCUAAUGAUGAUUCUACAAUGCCUACAGAGAGGCUUAAAAAAGUGAAUGAUAUACUUGAUUGGAUUGCCUCAGUUUUUGGGUUUCAGGUUCGUCUGUUUGUGGCUGAAAUGGCUGAAUCAUCUUAUCAGAUGUGCCAUGAAGUCUAUAGGAUAUUAGAUAAGAAUCCCUCUCGUGUGACUGGGAGCACAGAGAUAGUAGAAGGACGUGAUGAGGAAUAUUUUCUGAGGGAAGUUGUCAGUCCUGUAUAUCAAGUUUUAAUGAAGGAAGCCAAGAGAAACAACAAAGGAAAGGCAAGUCACUCCAAUUGGAGAAACUAUGAUGAUCUUAAUGAAUACUUUUGGUCUAAAAAAUGUUUUGAUGAUCUAAAAUGGCCAUGGGACCUCAAAGCAGAUUUCUUUAGACAUUCAGACGAGACACAAACGAGAAAUCGGCGUCGAAGCCAAGCCAACACAGGAGUUGGUAAGAGAAAGCCCAAAACAAAUUUUGUUGAAGUUCGUACCUUUUUGCACCUGUAUAGGAGUUUUGAUCGAAUGUGGAUAUUCUUUAUAUUGGCUUUACAGGCAAUGAUUAUCAUAGGAUGGAGUUCCUUGGGACCUGUUGGGGUGUUUUUUGAAGAAGAUGUCUUCAGAAAUGUUAUGACGAUAUUCAUUACAUAUGCUUUUCUCAAUUUUCUUCAAGUCACUCUUGAUAUUAUUCUGACAUGGAAUGCAUUGAAGAACAUGAAAUUUACUCAGUUGCUUCGAUAUUUUCUGAAAUUUGUGGUAGCAGCUGUUUGGGUUGUUGUUUUGCCAGUCUGUUAUUCCAAAUCUCUAGUGAAUCCAUCAGGGCUUAUAAAAUUUGUCACCAGUUGGGCUGGGGAUUGGGGCAAUCAGUCACUUUACACCUAUGUUGUUAUACUAUAUAUGUUACCAAACAUAGUGGCUACAAUACUAUUUUUCCUUCCUCCUCUUCGGAGAAAAUUGGAGCGAUCAAAUAUGCGAAUCCUUACCUUUUUGAUGUGGUGGGCUCAGCCGAAAUUGUAUGUAGGAAGAGGCAUGCAUGAGAACAUGUUCUCCCUGCUGAAGUACACCCUCUUCUGGAUCAUGCUGCUAAUCAGCAAGCUAGCAUUCAGCUACUACGUGGAGGUUUAUUUUAUGGAUACUCAAAUAUGGUAUGCUAUUUAUGCCACUCUGUUUGGUGGGAUUGUUGGAGCCUUCAGCCAUUUGGGAGAGAUAAGGACACUUGGAAUGCUCCGGUCCAGAUUCCAAUCUGUACCAGUAGCUUUCAGUCAGCGUUUUUGGACUGGAAGAGACAGAAAGACUAAACAGGAGGAAUCGGUUUGGAAUGAGUUUAUAAAUUCUAUGAGAGAGGAAGACCUCAUCAGUGACAGGGAUAGAGAUUUGCUUCUUGUCCCAUACAGUGCAAGUUAUGUUUCUGUCAUUCAGUGGCCUCCAUUCUUACUUGCUAGUAAGAUUCCUAUAGCUGUUGACAUGGCAAAAGAUUAUAAGAAGGAAACUGAUGAAGAUUUGUUUAGAAAGAUAAAGAACGAUGGGUAUAUGUAUUCAGCAGUUGUUGAAUGCUAUGAGACUCUCAAGGACAUCAUAUUGAACCUUCUGCUGGAAGAAGAAGAUAGGCUGGUUGUGAGCAGUAUAUGUGCUAAAGUAGAACAGUGUAUAUUUGAUGAAACAUUUGUCAAGGAAUUCAAUAUGAGUGGCUUACCUUCACUCAGUGAGAAGUUAGAGAAAUUCUUAACUCUACUUCGAUCUGAAGAUGGCAAACUUGAAUCCCAGAUAGUCAAUGUCCUGCAAGAUAUUGUAGAAAUUAUCAUACAGGAUGUCAUGGCUGAUGGCCAGUUGUUUCUGCAAACACCUCAGCAAUAUAAUUUGGAGAAAGGGCAGAGGUUUGUCAACAUUGAAACUACUUUUACAGAGAAUAGAGCAGUGAUGGAGAAGGUUAUUAGGCUUCAUUUGCUUUUAACAGUCAAGGAAUCAGCAAUAAAUGUUCCCCAAAAUAUAGAAGCCCGCCGCCGUAUUACAUUCUUUGCAAACUCCUUAUUUAUGAAUAUGCCAAAGGCUCCUAAAGUUCGGGACAUGUUGUCCUUCAGUGUUCUGACACCCUAUUUCAAGGAAGAUGUUUUAUAUUCUGAUGAUGUACUCAAUAAGGAAAAUGAAGAUGGGAUAUCAAUUUUAUUCUACCUAACCAAGAUAUAUCCUGAUGAAUGGGCCAAUUUCCAUGAACGACUAAAAAGUGAAGAACUUGAAGAAGAUAAGGAGGAGUCAAUUCGGCGGUGGGCAUCUUACAGAGGGCAGACACUCUAUCGAACAGUGAGAGGAAUGAUGUACUAUUGGCAAGCUUUGAUCCUUCAGUACUUCAUAGAAUCGGCUGGAGACAAUGCUCUCUCUGAAGGCUUCCGGACAAUAGAUUCAUUUGAAAAAAAUAAGAAGCUUCUUGAAGAUGCACACGCUAUGGCCGAUUUAAAGUUCACCUAUGUUGUUUCGUGUCAAGUGUAUGGUUCUCAGAAGAAGUCCAAAAAUAGUAGAGACAGAAGCUGCUACACUAACAUUCUCAAUCUGAUGUUAAUGUAUUCAGCCCUUCGUGUUGCUUACAUUGAUGAAACAGAAGAGACAAAGGAUGGAAAAUCUCAGAAAGUUUAUUACUCCGUUCUUGUAAAGGGGGGGGACAAGUAUGAUGAGGAAAUAUAUCGCAUCAAGCUACCUGGUUCUCCAACCGAAAUUGGUGAAGGGAAACCUGAAAACCAAAAUCAUGCCAUUAUAUUUACUCGUGGAGAAGCCUUGCAAACCAUAGACAUGAAUCAGGAUAACUAUUAUGAAGAAGCUUUUAAAAUGAGAAAUGUAUUGGAAGAAUUCCGGAAAAGAGGUAGUGGGAGACAGAAACCCACCAUAUUGGGUAUAAGGGAGCAUAUAUUUACUGGAAGUGUUUCUUCACUUGCUUGGUUUAUGUCAAACCAGGAGACUAGUUUUGUGACCAUUGGCCAACGAAUUUUGGCAAAUCCUUUAAGGGUCCGCUUUCAUUAUGGUCAUCCUGAUAUAUUUGACAGAAUCUUCCACAUAACAAGAGGUGGCAUAAGCAAAGCAUCAAAAGUUAUAAACUUAAGUGAAGAUAUAUUUGCAGGGUUCAAUUCAACUCUACGUCAAGGAUUUAUCACACAUCAUGAAUACAUACAAGUAGGUAAAGGGCGUGACGUGGGCAUGAAUCAGAUAUCACUCUUUGAGGCUAAGGUUGCAAAUGGAAAUGGAGAACAAUCACUUAGCCGGGAUGUUUAUCGACUUGGACGGCGAUUUGACUUCUACAGAAUGUUGUCAUUCUACUUCACAACAGUUGGUUUCUACUUCAGUAGCAUGAUAACUGUGUUGACUGUGUAUGUGUUCUUAUAUGGACGUUUAUAUAUGGUUUUGAGUGGUGUCGAGAGAGAAAUUCUUCAAAGUCCAAACAUACAUCAAAGCAAAGCCCUUGAAGAGGCUUUGGCAACUCAGUCUGUUGUUCAGUUGGGCUUACUGCUUGUGCUGCCUAUGGUUAUGGAAAUUGGCUUGGAGAAGGGAUUUCGCACUGCCUUGGGUGAUUUUAUCAUCAUGCAGCUGCAGCUUGCCUCUGUGUUCUUUACUUUCCAGCUUGGAACAAAAGCUCAUUAUUAUGGAAGGACACUCUUACAUGGGGGCUCUAAAUAUCGACCAACUGGUCGUGGAUUUGUUGUGUUCCAUGCAAAGUUUGCUGAUAACUACAGGAUGUACUCACGCAGUCAUUUUGUGAAGGGCCUUGAGAUACUCAUACUAUUGAUUGUUUAUGAAGUCUACGGGGAGUCAUAUCGCAGCUCACAUCUAUAUUUGUUCAUAACAAUCUCAAUGUGGUUUUUGGCCACUUCCUGGCUGUUUGCUCCUUUCCUGUUCAAUCCUUCUGGCUUUGAUUGGCAAAAAACAGUGGAUGAUUGGACAGAUUGGAAGCGGUGGAUGGGAAAUCGUGGUGGUAUUGGUAUUUCAGCUGAUAAAAGCUGGGAAUCUUGGUGGGAUGAAGAAAAUGAUCACCUGAAACACUCAAAUAUUAGGGGAAAAAUACUUGAGAUAAUUCUUGCAUUUCGCUUUUUCAUGUACCAAUAUGGAAUUGUCUACCACAUGGAUAUUACUCAUCAUCACAAAGAAUUGCUGGUAUUUGGACUUUCUUGGGUAGUUUUAAUAAUAGUACUUAUUGUAUUGAAGAUGGUAUCCAUGGGAAGACGAAGAUUUGGCACUGACUUUCAGCUCAUGUUUCGUAUUCUCAAGGCCCUUCUCUUCCUUGGCUUUUUGUCAGUCAUGACUGUAUUAUUUGUGGUGUGUGGACUCACCAUAUCAGAUUUGUUUGCUGCCAUUAUUGCCUUCAUGCCCUCUGGAUGGGCCAUUAUUCUGAUUGCACAAGCAUGCAAGAUAUGCUUGAAAGGAGCUAAACUAUGGGACUCAGUGAAAGAGCUAUCCAGAGCUUAUGAAUAUGUGAUGGGAUUAAUAAUAUUCUUGCCAACAGCCAUUUUGUCAUGGUUCCCAUUUGUGUCAGAGUUUCAAACCCGGUUGCUAUUCAAUCAAGCAUUCAGUAGAGGGCUUCAAAUUUCAAUGAUUCUUGCUGGAAAGAAAGACACUUACAAAUCUGAUUGA